AUAUAAUCAUGCGAACCUCUUGUAGACAUUCACUUUCACCGAUUUUAUGUUUUAAUUUUGCUUCACUUGAUAAUGAUAGCUUACAUAUUCGCGACAUUUGCAGUUCAUUCACAACAUAUGCUUUAACCGAUGGUUCAACUGAUGUCUCAUCUUAUGCUUUACAAUUUAAGCUUUGCCAUUUAUGCUUUCCCAUUUAAGCCUACGCUUUUUCCCAACCACAUUGACGGCGUUACAUUUUAAACGCCUUUCCGCCGGUUUUAAAACUCCCUCCCCCUUUUGUUAACUUCAUUUUUAACCCACCUCCUUUGUGUGUCUUCCAUCAUGAAAUCAUUUGUGUGUUACAUCGGUCUCAUCGUGGCCUUGGCCCUACAGCUGCGGGCCAUCCAGCUCAAUUCUAACAGCCUCCAUCCAGUCUCAUACGUCGAACUUGGCAAUCAACUUUCGAACAAAGUGGGAACGCUAUGGAAAAAUCAGUUAGACUCAUUUGUAGAUAUCGUGUCUACCAGAAUUGUCGACAGAUUGGAGAAUGAUAUAUCAAGCGGUGCAGGAGCAGAGAACAUGAUGGUUCUUCUCGAGAACGAUGCUGAGCUCUUCGACACGGCAGCAUAUAAAGGCCACAACAUGGCACUCAUCGAAGACGAGUUUAUCAGAAAAUUGAAAGACAGAUUCCACGCCAGCAAAUUCGGAAAGGGUUUAAAAAAACUGGGAUCCAAAAUUAAGACAAAACUAUCCGAUUUGUACCAAAAGCACAAACAUAAGCUGAAGCACUUCCUAAAAGUUAUGAUGACAGGUUUGGUCAUCCCAUUAGCGAUUAAAUUCAUCCGAAAGCAUUUGAGCUUGUGGAGAAAAAAGACAUUAGAGGUCACCAAGAAUUUGGACGAUGAUGCAAGGAGCGUAGCCACCCCAGUUAUAAAUGCGCUGUACGAUCAGUUUUCGCAAAAAUUGGAGGAGUACGCUUCGGAGCACGAGUUAAACGGCGAUAAGGAACUGAGCAUAAUGGAUCAGUUGCAGUCGGAGAAGAAGAGCAUUGAAAAUAUCGAAAAGCAGGAGAAGAAACUCUUGCAGCAGUAG